AUGGCUGCUGUCGUGAACUAUGAGAAGGACAUGAAGCGACUUCAGGUGCACAAACAGACCCGUCUAUGCAGAUUCUUUGUGGUGGGCGCCUGCACACGUGGCGAGGCUUGUACCUUCGCACAUGGGCAAGACAAGCUGCGGCAACAGCCAGACUUCUCCAAGACAAGGUUGUGCGCAGACUUUAUGGAACGUGGAAGCUGUGCAGAAGGAGAUCGAUGCAAGUUCGCCCAUGGCAAGAGUGAGCUUCGCCCAGGCUCAGCCGUAAAGCUUGGCCGAUUAUCCAAGAAGGAGAUGCAAAACACUCGGGCCAAGAGUCAUCAGGACCAGGCCUCCGUAGCCAUGCAGGUGAAGAAGACCUUUCAGCUCCAACAUUCCUUGCAUUCGCAGGCCGCCAUGAAGCUGAUGAUGAAAUCCACCAUCGAUACCCAGCCCAACACCCUGCAGCAGGAACUGGAGAUCGAUCCAGAAAAUUGCCUGUGGGAGAAAACAAGCUUCAGCCGACAGACGACCUGGGAAGGUAUCGAGACCACUCCAGGGGGAUUCAGCCGUGCCACUUCGCUGGGGAGCGAGAUUGAAGUGAUGGGCACCCCGAGCCGAACACGACAAGAACUUGGUGAAUGGCAAGUCCAGGUGAAGAACACCUUCAUUGAAGUCAGCGACAGCGAUGGGAGUGAGACCGAGCAGGACCAAGGCGUCCUGCGCCGUGCACGCUCGAUGCCGCUGUUCUAG